AUGCAAUUCAAAGUCUUCGUUGUUUUGGCCCUUCUCUUUGGAGUUGCCUUCGCUCUUCCAACUGAGGUCAAGCCCAUGGAAGUCAAGCUCACUGAGGUCCAGUCAGCCGGUAAGAAAUGCCGUAGUUGUGCCAAUUCUGAUGUGACAGUUAGAUUUUUUGCAAGAUUUUUCUAGAAAACUUCUGUAGACCUUAAAUUGUGCAUAGAAAUUGCUGCAAGCUUAAUAUUCUACUGUCCACUGAUGGGAUCAUCUUCAAAUAAAGAAGGGGUGUUGCAGUACAGUGACGGACCUGAUCCAGUGGAAAAAACGCGCCAUUUUGUAUCCGAGAAGUAUCAAAAAUGUGGCAAAAUGCCUCCCUCUCCAACUAAAAAAAACCACAUUUUGAAGGCCGCGCCCUUUCCCUCACAAAAAGAGCGGUUUUGGAUCGUUGUUUUUUCACUUGAAGAGGGAAACAUUUUGCCACAUUUUUUGAUAUUUCCCGGAUGCAAAAUGGCACGCUUUUUGCCACUGGAUCAGGUCCGCCACUGUGGUAAUACCUUUACAACCUUUGUUCAUUACUCCUGAGAAAGCAUGUUUCUUCUGGAAUAUAUUGUCUUCUCUAGUCAUCACUUUAAAUCCAUGUUCCGAUUUGAUGAUUGUGGGGUUAUAAUUUAGGGUCUUUGAACGGGAUCAUUCGAAUAUUUGGCCCAGAAAGUCUGAAAUUUCCAAUACCCAAAAGAAUUUUAAAAUCAUAGAACUGAAUGUUUCAAAAUACAGGAGUAACACAAACUUUUCAGGCGAGGUUCUGGGCCCCGCUGGUCUUUGCAAACAGUGGGUUGCCCCAUGUCACCAGUGGUGUUGGCAACACAACUACAAGCGCGGCGUCUGUCGCAACCGUCAAUGCUGGUGUCAAACUGUUUGA